CCGGUAAAGGUAAGGACUUCUGAGUCCUAAAUAUUAAAUACUUCUUUUCUUCGGGUGACGAUCAAAAAUCAAACUUCAAACUCUUUUCUUUUUCGCUCCUAGUUAGUUCAUUUCCUAUCUCCGUAGCAUUUUCUCGCUAUGUUGAGUUGCCAUUUCCAAUAGCAAUUGUAACGCAAAGCAGCAGAUGGCGGAGAGGCAGCUGAUCGUGGCCGUCGAAGGCACCGCGGCCAUGGGUCCCUACUGGCAAACCGUCGUCUCUGAUUACCUCGACAAGAUCAUCAGGUGUUUCAGUAGUAGCGAGUUGACUGGACAGAAGACUUCUACAUCUAAUGUUGAGCUUGCAUUGGUCACAUUCAACACUCAUGGAUCAUACUGUGCUUGCCUAGUACAACGUAGUGGGUGGACAAAAGAUGUUGAUAUUUUCCUACAAUGGCUGUCAGCGAUACCUUUUUCUGGUGGUGGUUUCAAUGAUGCUGCAAUUGCUGAAGGGCUUUCUGAAGCGCUGAUGAUGUUUCCUAUUGCACCAAAUGGAAACCAAACUCAACAAAAUGUUGAUGGACAAAGACAUUGCAUUCUUGUUGCUGCUAGUAAUCCUUAUCCAUUGCCUACACCAGUCUAUCGACCACAAAUUCAAAACUUGGAGCAGACUGAAAAUAUUGAAGCACAGACAGAGAGUCGUCUGUCUGAUGCUGAAACAGUAGCUAAAUCAUUUGCUCAGUGUUCUGUUUCUUUAUCUGUCAUCUGUCCGAAGCAGCUUUCAAAGCUAAAAACAAUCUACAGUGCUGGAAAGCGAAACCCGCGAGCACCAGAUCCACCCGUCGACAAUGUUAGAAACCCCCCGUUUCUUGUUCUGAUUUCGGAGAACUUUAUGGAGGGCCGUGCUGCUUUAAGUCGCCCUGGAGUACCAAGUUUGGCAUCCAAUCAGAGUCCUGUGAAAAUGGACAUGGCUUCUGUCACUUCGGGUACAGGGCCACCUCCAACUUCUGUUCCGUCAGUGAAUGGAUCUAUGAUGAGCCGGCAACCAGUUUCUGUUGGAAAUGUUCCCACUGCUACCAUAAAAGUUGAGCCAACAACAAUAACAUCCAUGGGAACUGGACCUGCUUUUCCACAUAUUCCAGCUGUUCCACGUGCUCCUUCUCCAGCAAUCCCAACCUUGCAAACUUCUUCACCAUCAACGACUUCUCAAGAGGUGAUGAACAGUGGUGACAAUGUGCAAGAAUUAAAACCUUCUGUAAGUGGUAUGACACAACCUUUACGUCCUGUGCCUCCUGCUGCAAAUGUGAACAUAUUAAACAAUCUUUCUCAAGCACGGGUGAUGAACUCUGCUGCUCUCACUGGAGGAACUUCUAUAGGACUUCCAUCAAUGGGUCAAACUCCAGUGGCCAUGCAUAUGUCCAAUAUGAUAUCUAGUGGAAUGGCAUCUUCUGUGCCUCCAGCUCAAACUGUAUUUUCAUCUGGGCAAUCGUGUAUGACUUCAUUAACUGGCUCAGGAGCUCUUACAGGGACUGUACAGGUCCCACCAAACUCAGGUCUUAGUUCAUUUGCUUCUGCAACUUCUAAUGUGACUGCAAAUUCAAACAUUGGAAUGUCACAACCGAUGGGUAAUGUUCAAAGCGGAGUGAGUAUGGGCCAAUCAGUACCUGGCAUGAGCCAAGGAAACCAUUCAGGUGCACAAAUGGUGCAAAGUGGAGUUGGCAUGAGUCAGAACAUGAGUGGUCUUGGUCCAUCAACUGUCUCUUCUGGAACUGGCACAAUGUUUCCUAUUCCAGGAAUGUCUCAACAAGUACAGUCUGGCAUGCAGACACUUGGAGUGAGCAACAGUUCAGCUGCUAGUAUGCCGCUAUCGCAACAGACAUCAAGCGCUUUGCAAUCAGCACAAUCCAAAUAUGUUAAAGUCUGGGAGGGAAAUUUAUCUGGCCAGAGACAAGGGCAGCCAGUGUUUAUCACCAGAUUGGAAGGUUAUCGGAGUGCCUCAGCUUCCGAGACACUUGCAGCACACUGGCCACAAACCAUGCAAAUAGUUCGUCUUAUUUCUCAGGAUCACAUGAAUAACAAGCAAUAUGUUGGGAAGGCAGAUUUUUUAGUUUUCAGGGCAAUGAAUCAGCAUGGAUUUCUUGGACAGCUACAAGAGAAGAAGCUUUGUGCUGUAAUCCAAUUGCCAUCACAGACGUUGCUGCUUUCAGUUUCUGACAAAGCAUGCCGCUUGAUAGGAAUGCUUUUUCCUGGGGAUAUGGUUGUCUUUAAACCACAAAUAUCUAGCCAGCAUCAACAACAGCAACAAUUGCAACAGCAGCAACACCAGCAGAUGCAACCACAGCUACAGCAGCAACAGCUGCCGCAACUACAACAACAACAGCAGCAGCCACUUCCACAGCUGCAACAACAGCAGCAGCAGCAGCAGCUUCCACAGUUGCAACAACAACAGCUCCCUCACUUGCAGCAGCAGCAGCUCCCUCAGCUGCAACAGCAGCAGCAGCAUCCACAGAUACAGCAGCAGCAGCAGCUUCCGCAGAUACAGCAGCAGCAGCUAUCCCAGCUGCAACAACAACAGCAGUUGCCCCAGAUGCAGCAACAACAGCAACUUCCACAAAUGCAGCAACAGCCGCAGCUUCCCCAGCUGCAGCAACAGCAAUUACCUCAGCAACAACAAAUGGUGGGGUCAGGAAUGGGUCCAGCUUAUGUUCAAGGUCCAGGCCGUUCACAAUUGGUUUCACAGGGGCAAGUUUCAUCACAGGCCCCACCUAAUAUGCCUGGAGGAGGCUUUAUGGGUUAAUCAGCUUUGGAAUUUGCUGGCUAUUAGAACUUAUAGUUGUGUAGGGCUUCUAGAAAUUAGAAACCACCAGUCUGUUUUUUAGUCCAUAGAAACCACCAGUCUAUCAGUAUCUUUAGUGGCUAAACACGAUCAUAUGUUAUGUAACAUCUAGGAGAAAGUAUUUUACGAUCUAAUUAUUAUGAUACAUUUUGCAUUUGCUGUCAUUCAUGUUUCCAUUAAUUUUUCCAUGUAUCAUCUAUAGUAACUAAUGAGGUGAGAACAAAGGCUUCGUUGAUGAAAAUGAAUCAACAAUGAUGUGAAUUUAAAAGGA